AUGAAUAUUGAUGCGGGUACUAUGAGCCCUCUUGAACAUGGCGAGGUAUAUGUUUUGGAUGAUGGCGGGGAAGUAGAUUUAGACCUUGGAAACUAUGAGAGAUAUCUUAAUAUUACUCUAAAACGUGAGAAUAAUAUUACUACGGGGAAAAUAUAUAGUCUAGUGAUAGAAAAUGAAAGAAAAGGUGAUUAUUUAGGAAAAACAGUUCAAGUGGUUCCCCAUGUUACCAAUGCUAUUCAGGAUUGGAUUGAGCGUGUUGCGAAAGUUCCAGUGGAUGAAACGAAUGAGGAACCAGAUAUAUGUGUUAUAGAACUUGGUGGGACGGUUGGUGAUAUUGAAUCGUCGGCAUUUGUUGAAGCAAUGCGUCAAUUUCAAUUUAGAGUUGGACAUGAUAAUUUUGCCGUUAUUCAUGUAUCUUUAGUUCCUACAAUUAAUGGGGAACAAAAAACCAAGCCAACGCAAGCGGCUAUUCGUGAUAUGAGGGGACUUGGAUUAUAUCCAGAUUUUAUUGCUUGUAGAUCACUAAAACCUUUAGAAAAGUGUGCUAUAGAUAAAAUCGGAAUGUUUUGUCAUGUUGGACCAGAUCAGGUUUUAGUAAUACAUGAUGUUUUAUCAACAUAUCAUGUUCCUCUACUUCUUGAACAACAAGGAAUAAUUAGGUCGCUUUCAAAACGAUUAAAAUUAAAUGAUAUUAUUGUUUCAAAAAAGUUAAUUGAAGCGGGUAAACAUCUUUGGACGCAAUGGAAAAUGCUUACAGACUUGUAUGAUCAUCUUUUUACUGAUAUAACGGUUGCAAUAGUUGGAAAAUAUACUGAUCUUCAAGAUUCAUAUAUAUCUGUAGUAAAAUCUCUUGAGCAUGCGGCACUUAAAUGUAACAGAAAAUUAAAUAUAUUCUGGGUAGAGUCUUCGGACUUAGAUGAUGAAAAAAAAAUAUUAAACCCAAUUAUUUACCAUAAGGCAUGGCAUUCUGUUUGUUCGGCAAAUGCAAUUCUUGUUCCUGGCGGGUUUGGUGUACGAGGGACCGAAGGAAUGAUUGCUGCUGUAAAGUGGGCACGUGAGAAUAAAGUACCAUUCCUUGGUGUUUGUUUAGGUUUUCAAAUAUCUGUAAUAGAAUUUUCAAGAAAUGUCUGUAAUCUUAAAGAUGCACAAUCAACUGAAUUACAAGAAGAUGCAAAGAUUCCUGUUAUUGUUAGUAUGUCAAAAACAAAUGGAAAUUAUGGAGGAACUAUGUGUUUAGGUCUUAAAAAAAUAUUUUUUCAGGAUUAUUCCUGGUGCAAAGUAAAAAAAUUAUAUAAUAAAGAAUUUAUACAUGAAAGACAUCGACAUAGAUAUCAAGUAAAUAUAGAAUAUGUUAGACAAUUAGAAGACGCUGGUUUAUAUUUUGUUGGAAAAGAUGAAUCAGGGACAAAGAUGGAAGUUUUUGAACUUAAAGAUCAUCCUUAUUUUGUCGGUACUCAGUAUCAUCCCGAAUAUUUAACAAGACCAUUGUUUCCAUCACCUCCAUAUCUGGGAUUAAUUGCAGCCAGUUGCGGCAUUUUAAAUGAUAUUUUAGAAAAACAAUGA